AUGACCAAGAAUGCCGAGUACUUCAAAAUUACUGUGGCUACCGGUGCUUACACUCGAAGCUAUUUUACUGACGCUGAUUGUAAAAUUGCUGGUACCACAGGAUCAGAAGCCAUUGACUUCACUGCUACAAGCACUUCAUGGAAGAAAAGUGUUGAUGCCAAAUACACAAAAGAGGUCGCCUUUACUGCUGAAGCCAAGACUGCAUGCCCAAAUAAAGACAAAAAGAUCGCUGGUGUUUACAACAAUGGUGUCUGCUAUAAAUUUGCUUCUGCAUACAAAAAGGCUGUUAUUAUCGAAGAUGCCGGUGUUAAAAAGUGGACUCUCGCUGUUUAUAACGAUGCUGCGUGCACCGAUCAAACUUCUACCCCAUCUAAAGUUGAGUGUAACAAAUGCACUAAUGACGUUUAUACUGCCUGCUAUGAAUCAGAAAGCCCAGUUGUUCCAGAUUCAUCUGCUAUUAACUUCAUCUUAUUGGCUUUGGCAAUUUUUGCCUUCCUUUUCUAA